AUGUGGUCACUGCCGGCCAGUGAGGGCGAGAGUGCCACAGCCCACUUCUUCCUCGGAGCUGGAGAUGAGGGGCUGGGCCCCCGUGGACUCGGCAUGAGGCCAGAAGAGAGUGACAGCGAGCUCCUCGAGGAUGAGGAGGAUGAAGUGCCUCCUGAACCUCAGAUCAUUGUUGGCAUCUGUGCCAUGACCAAGAAAUCCAAGUCCAAGCCAAUGACCCAGAUCCUAGAGCGACUCUGCAGGUUUGACUACCUGACUGUUAUCAUCCUGGGAGAAGACGUGAUCCUCAAUGAACCUGUGGAAAACUGGCCAUCCUGCCACUGCCUCAUCUCCUUCCACUCCAAAGGCUUUCCCCUGGACAAAGCUGUUGCUUACUCCAAGCUUCGAAACCCUUUUCUUAUCAAUGACCUGGCUAUGCAGUAUUACAUCCAGGAUAGGAGGGAGGUGUACCGGAUCCUGCAGGAGGAAGGUAUUGACCUGCCUCGAUACGCUGUGCUCAACCGUGACCCUGCCCGGCCUGAGGAGUGCAACCUGAUAGAGGGUGAAGACCAGGUGGAGGUAAAUGGAGCCGUCUUUCCCAAGCCCUUUGUGGAGAAGCCCGUGAGUGCGGAGGACCACAACGUUUACAUCUACUACCCCAGCUCAGCUGGUGGAGGAAGCCAGCGCCUCUUCCGUAAGAUUGGCAGCCGAAGCAGUGUUUACUCUCCAGAGAGCAGCGUCCGAAAGACAGGCUCAUACAUCUAUGAGGAGUUUAUGCCAACAGAUGGCACAGAUGUCAAGGUGUAUACAGUGGGGCCAGACUAUGCCCAUGCUGAAGCCAGAAAAUCUCCAGCUUUGGAUGGGAAGGUUGAACGAGACAGUGAGGGGAAAGAGAUUCGAUAUCCAGUCAUGCUGACCGCCAUGGAAAAGCUGGUGGCCAGGAAAGUCUGUGUAGCUUUUAAGCAAACAGUUUGUGGUUUUGAUCUCCUCCGUGCCAAUGGUCACUCCUUUGUGUGUGAUGUCAAUGGCUUCAGUUUUGUCAAGAAUUCAAUGAAAUACUAUGAUGACUGUGCCAAGAUUCUAGGAAACACCAUAAUGCGGGAGCUUGCCCCACAGUUCCAGAUCCCGUGGUCCAUCCCCAUGGAGGCUGAGGACAUUCCCAUUGUCCCUACCACUUCUGGCACUAUGAUGGAACUUCGUUGUGUCAUUGCAAUCAUUCGUCAUGGAGAUCGUACACCCAAGCAGAAGAUGAAGAUGGAGGUGACACACCCAAGAUUUUUUAGUCUAUUCGAAAAACAUGGUGGCUACAAGACAGGGAAAUUAAAACUGAAGCGGCCAGAGCAGCUACAGGAGGUGCUGGACAUCACACGGCUGCUAUUGGCUGAACUGGAGAAAGAACCAGGUGGUGAGAUCGAGGAGAAGACAGGGAAAUUGGAGCAGUUAAAAUCCGUGCUGGAGAUGUACGGUCACUUCUCAGGCAUCAACAGGAAGGUGCAGCUGACUUACUACCCUCAUGGAGUAAAAGCUUCUAAUGAGGGGCAAGAUACGCAGCGGGAGGCUCUGGCCCCAUCCCUCUUGCUGGUGCUGAAGUGGGGUGGAGAACUGACCCCGGCUGGCCGUGUUCAGGCUGAGGAGCUGGGGCGAGCUUUCCGCUGCAUGUACCCUGGAGGACAGGGUGACUAUGCUGGCUUUCCUGGCUGUGGGCUGCUUCGUCUCCAUAGCACUUUCCGCCAUGAUCUCAAGAUUUACGCCUCUGAUGAGGGCCGUGUCCAGAUGACUGCCGCAGCCUUUGCUAAGGGCCUUCUGGCUCUAGAAGGGGAGUUGACACCCAUUCUGGUACAAAUGGUGAAGAGUGCCAACAUGAAUGGGCUCUUGGACAGCGAUGGGGACUCCCUGAGCAGCUGCCAGCACCGUGUGAAGGCUCGGCUACAUCACAUUCUGCAGCAGGACGCACCCUUUGGCCCUGAGGAUUGCGAUCAGCUGGCUCCCACUGGAAGUACUUCCCUGCUCAGCUCCAUGGCUGUUAUCCAGAAUCCUGUGAAGGUCUGUGAUCAGGUAUUUGACCUGAUUGAAAACCUCACUCACCAGAUCCGGGAACGGAUGCAGGACCCCAAGUCUGUAGACCUGCAGCUCUACCACAGCGAGACACUAGAGCUGAUGCUGCAGCGUUGGAGCAAGCUGGAGCGCGACUUCCGGCAGAAGAGUGGGCGCUAUGACAUCAGUAAGAUCCCUGACAUCUACGACUGUGUCAAGUAUGAUGUCCAGCACAAUGGGAGUCUGGGACUUCAAGGCACGGCAGAACUGCUCCGUCUCUCUAAGGCGUUGGCUGAUGUAGUUAUUCCCCAGGAAUACGGGAUCAGUCGGGAGGAGAAACUGGAAAUUGCCGUGGGCUUCUGUCUCCCACUGUUGCGGAAGAUACUACUUGACCUGCAGAGAACCCACGAGGAUGAGUCUGUCAACAAGCUGCAUCCCCUGUACUCCCGAGGGGUGCUCUCUCCAGGCCGCCAUGUUCGAACACGUCUCUACUUCACCAGCGAAAGCCACGUACACUCCCUACUCAGUGUCUUCCGCUAUGGGGGACUUCUGGAUGAAACCAAGGAUACACAGUGGCAGCGAGCUUUGGCUUAUCUCAGUGCCAUCCCAGAGCUCAACUACAUGACGCAGAUUGUCAUCAUGCUCUAUGAGGACAACACCCGGGAUCCCUUGUCGGAGGAGCGGUUCCACGUGGAAUUGCACUUCAGCCCCGGAGUGAAAGGCGUCGAGGAAGAAGGCAGUGCCCCCACGGGCUGUGGAUUCCGUCCAGCCUCUUCUGAGAAUGAGGAGAGGAAAGCAGACCAAGGCAGCGUGGAGGACCUGUGCCCCGGGAAGGCAUCAGAUGAGCCAGACCGAGCAUUGCAGACCUCGCCCCUGCCCUCUGAGGGCCCUGGCCUCCCAAAGAGAUCACCCCUCAUUCGUAACCGCAAAGCCGGCUCCAUGGAGGUGCUUUCUGAGACUUCCUCCUCGAGGCCUGGUGGGUACCGACUCUUUUCAUCUUCACGGCCACCGACAGAGAUGAAGCAGAGCGGCCUAGGCUCACAGUGCACGGGGCUGUUCAGCACCACAGUGCUGGGGGGCUCCUCCAGCGCCCCGAAUCUUCAGGACUACGCCCGCAGCCAAGGCAAAAAGCUGCCACCUGCCAGUCUGAAGCACCGAGAUGAGCUCUUGUUUGUCCCGGCCGUAAAACGAUUUUCUGUGUCGUUUGCAAAGCAUCCGACUAACGGAUUUGAAGGGUGCUCCAUGGUGCCUACUAUUUACCCCCUGGAGACACUGCAUAAUGCCCUUUCCUUGCGUCAAGUGAGUGAAUUCUUGAGUAGAGUCUGCCAGCGCCACACUGAGGCCCAAGCACAGGCGUCUGCAGCCCUCUUUGAUUCAAUGCACAGCAAUCAAGCCUCUGACAGCCCGUUUUCUCCACCUCGCACUCUUCAUUCACCUACCCUACAACUCCAGCAGCGCUCUGAAAAGCCCCCUUGGUACAGCAGUGGCCCUUCCAGCACUGUUUCCAGUGCUGGUCCUUCUUCCCCUACUGCAGUGGAUGGUAACUGCCCUUUCGGCUUCAGUGAUCAGCCCUCCCUAAGCUCACACAUGACUGAAGAAUAUCAAGACCUCGGGCUGCUCCAGGAGGCCCCUGGGAGUGGCGCACAAGAGCCGCCUUUAGAAGGGCAGCAAGAGCCUUUUGAACAAAACCAGUCCCCACAGGAACCACCUGUAGAAACCAACCAGCCAUGCCAGGAGGUUGCUGAGGAAGUCAGCCAGCCACGUCAGGAGGCCCCUGACAGCAGCCAACCAUGCCAGGACAUCCCUGAAGAGGUCAGCCAGCCGUGCCAGCAGCUCUCUGACAUCCGCCAACAGUGUGAGGAGAACCGCGACGAUGUUAACCAGAUAUGCCAGGAGGUCCCUCAGAUCAGCCAACCAUGCCAGGAUGCCAGCCAGCUAUACCAGAAAAUCUCCAAAAAAGCUUGCGAACUUUGCCAGGAGAACUCUGAGGAGGUCAACCAGCCAUGCCAGAGGGUCCCUGUAGAGACUGGCAGGCUGGUCCAUGGGUUCCCUGUAGGGGUUGGUGGCCCGGCCCAGGAAGUCCUUGGGGAGGUUGGCAAGCCCACCCAAGAGAUCCCUGAGGAGCUCAGCCAAUCAUGCCAGGAAUUCUCUGUGGACAUUGGCAGGCUGACCCAAGGGGCUUCUGCAAUCAAUUUGUUGUCUCGGGACAUACCUGAGUUUGAUAACCCGCCCCUAGAGUUCCCUGGGGAGGUUGCUCUGCAGGCCCAGGAGGUCUCAGAGUGGGUGAAUCAGCAGCAGUCCUAUGUGGUCCCUGAGCUGACUGACCAGCUAUCUGGAGAGGAAGUUCCCCAAGUCCAGUGUCCACCUAACAAUGCAAACCCUCAGAGCCAGUCUCUAGCCCCUGACCAGAACGCCCCCCUUCCACCAGCAACGUGUGAUUCAUCAUUUUCUCAUUAG